UGGUAGCGAUAAAGGAUAUUAUAUUCUAAAUAAACUAUUUCUAUUUGGUUGUUAAUUUAUUAAGUUCGAUGUCCUACAAACUGAACAGCGAUUUUGAUGAUCAGGACAUCUCUUUUGCUCUCAUUUUAUCCUGUCGUUUAUAAUUAUUAAUAACCAGCAACAGCCAAAAAUAUGUUUUAAAAGGACAUGCUACCUGACAGAUCU